GACUAAAAGAAGGGAAAUUGAAAGCAUUCCCACAUCUAAACUCACUUUUACACCCUUCUUCAGAAUCCUACUCCAAAUUCCGAUUUCAUACUCCUGAACUGUGAAUUCUACUAGUGCCACUUUGUUGUUUGCCUGAUAAGAUACUUCUGUCUCUCUUUUCUCUCUUCAUAAGUAUCUACUAGGGUUUAAAUUGAUUACUCUUGAAUCUGCAAUUUAGAGGGAUAAUCAAUGGCAGAUGUUGUGAGAAAGUUCUUCACUGCAUCAAUGCUUAUGUGGAUAGCACCAAUUUUGAUUUUAUAUGGUUUUAACAAUAACUUAUUUCCUGGGGCAAGUCAGUUGUCUUCUCACUCACUGACGAUUUUGAGCGGAUUGCUUGCGGUCAUCUCUGUCAAUAUUGUCAUUGCGUUCUAUAUUUAUAUGGCGAUGAAGGAGCCUUCAAAUAAACACGAACCUGAUCCUACUUUUCUUGCUGAAGCUAAAGCCAGUAUCAAGCAGCAACACUCUUCAAGUGAGACUGAAGAUCCUUCCCAGGCGCGUGAGAAACAUGAGUAGUAGGGAACGUGCAGAGUGCAGUUACCAGGUUAAUGGAGCAAGCCAUCUUAAUAUCUAUCAACCCUAUGAUUAAUGAAGUCCCUAUUGGCUAGUAAGCCCCUUCUUCUUGCCAUUUUUAACUGUACUAGCAGCUAUUUUUGGUUAAGAUUUGCAUGAGUUCAAAAUGUACCGGGGGAUGUAAUCGGGGUGUUGAAUUCUUAAUUGGGGAAGUUAGAGUGUGAGCGCUAGGUCUUGUAAAUUCUUAGGACAGGCCCAAAAUGUACAAGUAGAGAGGUUAUGUACCAAAGGGAGUCAAUGUAAACUUCUCUGUAUCUUAUUGCGGAAGUAGAGGUUGAUAGCUCUAUUAGAUGGGCAUGGUUGGGAUGUUUGUUUAUUUGAAGUUCAAGGCAGACACUUGAGAAAAUUGAAAGAUGAAGGUAAAAUUUGCAUCGAUGACACCCGUCCAAUUGGUUAAACUUUGGUACAAGAUUUAGGGUGUCUUCCUCACCAGACUGACAAAUUAAAGAAAACAGUGACCUUGAGCUACUUGUAGGACUUUAAAUAGGCUUAACACACCUCAAGUUUGCAUUGUUCGAGCUCGGUUUGUGAAAAAUUUUCCAAGCUUCUGCUUUAUUAUGUAAAGCUUGUACAGCGGUGAACUGUUUGCAUUUCAUCACAAGACCGUGGGAGCGGCUUUUUCAACUUGUUUGUUUAUGCUUGGCUCAUAUUAUUUAGACAUUUCAGUUUAACACGUGACAUCUACUUUGUAGUUGGUUGUAUAUAUUGUGCAAAUAUGUCUAUGAAUCAUGUGAUUCUUGUA